AUGGCCCCCUCGAAGUCCAACACCCAAAAGGCCGGCAAGACGCGCUCUGCCCUCCAAGAUGUCGUGACGCGCGAAUACACCAUCCACCUGCACAAGCGUGUGCACGGCCGCUCCUUCAAGAAGCGCGCUCCCUGGGCUGUCAAGUCUGUUGUCGACUUUGCACAGAAGGCAAUGGGCACGGCAGAUGUCCGUGUUGACCCCAAGCUCAACCAGGCAUUGUGGGAACGGGGAAUCAAGUCAGUCCCGCACAGAAUACGAGUCAAGCUUGAGCGCAAGCGUAAUGAUGACGAGAACGCGAAGGAGAAGCUGUACACAUAUGCUAGCCAUGUCGUCGUCGAGUCGUUCAAGGGUCUGGAGACGGUCGUCGUGGAGGCCGAGUGA